AUGGCGCGAACGCGAGGAGCUAAGUCUUCAUCUCCUUCGAACCGCAAAAAGACGCUGCGAAAGGAGCCACUUCUAGAUUCUGCUCCAGAGCCUUCGUCGUCAAAACCAAUUCCACCUCCGGCGAAGCCCGCGCCACCAAAGCCACCGGCAAGACGAUAUUUAACCAGGUCAGGAGGUCGACCAUUACAAAAGAAGCCAAGGGUUGAGAGCUCAGAACCCAUCGAUUUGACUGAACAAUCCCUUGAGCAAUCCCCAGAGCAGUCACCGGUUCAAACUCCGGUAUCCUCACCAAAUCCUUCUUCAGUUGCAACCCCAGUUCCCUCGCCAGUUCAGUCGCCGGUACCAUCUCCGGCGCCGCAAAAAAAAUUGAAGAAGUCUCAAGCGCCACUUCCAGAGCCCCAAAUUCAAUCUGAAGUAGCUCCGGAAGAAGUGAUCAGAAGGCCAAUGCUAACUCAGCCCCCAAUAGAGGGAAAUUUGGAUUGUCGAUCUUGGCCAUUCCAUUCCGACUUGUGUUUCGAUAUAGCAGCAUUCCAAGUGAGGCCGGAGCUAGCCCAAUCAUUCCAGCUGCUGAGGAGGUACCAUAUGGAGCAUCUGCUAGCUCCAAGAGAUUUUUUUCUACCCCCGGAUAGCAAUGGAUUUCUACCAAUCCAUGACAACCAAAGAGAGUCUCAUCCUCCAGAGCCUGAAACCCCAGCUGAUGCACCUACUGAAGAGGCAGCAGAUCCAUCUGCCUAG